AUGGGCAGUCUUUCUCAUCAAAAUUUUGUCCCUCCGACGACUCAGAAGGCCAUCGUUGUAAAUGGCAAGGACGAGGUCGUCAUCUGGGACGAGGCACCAUGUCCCAAGAUCCCAGCGGAUCAAGUCAUGGUUCGCGUUGAGGCCGUUGGCCUCAAUCCGAGUGAUACCAAGAUGAGGGGAGCCUUUGCGACAAAGUUCGGCAUCCUAGGUGCAGAUUUUGCAGGCACCGUGGUCGCCGUGGGAGAUGAGGUUGACAGUAUCACGGUUGGCGAUAGGGUCUUUGGUGCCCAGAACGAGAUGUACGGAACCACGCCUGAGCGCGGUGCAUUCUGCGAGUAUGCUGUGACCCGUGGUAAGAUGUGGACAAAGGUUCCAGAGUCUUGGAGCACUGAAGCAGCUGCAUCUCUACCUGUGGGAGUGAGCACCGCCGGAAUCGCCAUGAAGCUGCUUGGCUUGCCUCUGCCCGGUCAAGGAGCUGCGAAGCCUGCCUAUAUAUUGGUCUAUGGGGCCAGUACAGCAACUGCGACAAUUGCCAUGCAAAUGCUGAAACUUUCCGGUCUCGAUCCGAUUGCUAUUUGUUCCCCGAAGAAUUUCGACCUAGCGAAAAGAAACCAGGCAGUAGAAGUUUUCGAUCGCAAUGAUAAAGAGCUGGCGAAAAAGAUCAAAACAUACACGAAAGGGAACCUGAAAUAUGCCUUGGACUGCAUCACGACCGUCGAGUCUACCGCCUUUUGCUACGCUGCUAUCGGACGAGGCGGCGGCAAGUAUGUGUCUCUUGACCCUUGGCAACAGCAUGCUGCGACUCGAAAAGUUGUCACCGCGGAUUUUACAGUCGGCCCUCGAAUCUUUGGGGAAGGAUGCACCUGGCCUGAGCCCUACAAGAGCGAUCCGUCGGAAGAACUGCGCGUCUUUGGGGUCUCUGUUUGGGAAACUGUAGAGAAGUUGAUCAACGAAGGAAACUUGCAACAUCAUCCGCUUCGUGUUUUAGAUGGUGGAUUCGAAGCAAUUCUGGCGGGGAUGGAAAUGGUCCGAAACAAGGUACUCUCUGGAGAGAAAGUAGUUAGAAAUACCUGUCCAUCCACAGCCGCAAUGGUCACAUCACUGAAAAGAUCGCCAACGCGGGCCAUCCUCUGCAUUCAUGGUGGCGGUGCUUCACCCGACAUAUUCCGUUUCCAACUCGCGGGUUUCCGUGCAGCUCUCAAAGAGGAUUUCGAGUUCGUGUUUGCCACCGCACCCCACGUUGCCGUCCCCGGCCCAGAUGUUCUUCCCUUCUUUGCCGGAAUGAAGUCGUUUUUCUCUUGGUUUCGCAAGGGCGCAACCGACACCGAAGGUGAAGUUGCCGUGUUCAACGAAGCCAUCAAGAUGGCAGUACAGGACUGGCAGCUGGAGAACGAGCACGUCAAAAUUGUUGGUGUCUUGGGCUUCUCCCAGGGCGGGCUAGCAAGUACAGUCUUGCUGUGGGAGCAGGAGGUGGGAUUGGUGCCGUGGCUCCCGCGAUUGGAGUUUGGAGUGUUGGUCUGUUGCGCUUAUAGUGAUGUCGCGACAGAUUAUAUCCGCAGCAAGUCAGAGGGCGGUGACAUUGCCAAGAUUUCGGUGCCUACAUUGCAUCUUCACGGCAGUCAGGACUGCAACUUAGGGCAGGCGAGAAACACUCUUGCAACGCAUUACUCCUCGAAGGCCGCUCAUGUUAUCAACUUUGAAGGAGGACAUCACAUUCCUCAGAAAAGAGAGGAUAUUAUCAAGAUGACGAACCACAUUCGACACCUUGGGAAAAAGGAUAUCAUGCACUAG